AUGGCCCAGCAAGGGACGGUGGGCCACCAGGACACCCUGGCCGUGCCCCCCAUGCCCAAACACGCCGGACUGAACGAGGACCUGGUAAAGAUACUGCGGGAGAACCUGCUGCAGCAGGAGAGACCCAGGCAUCACCGCCGGUCCCCGUCUUCCAUCUCUCCCCGCCUGUCUCCCAGGAACUCCCCUCGACUCCUCCGGAGGAUGCUCCUCAACAACAACAUUCACAAGCAGAGACGCUUCACCGUUGCGCACACAUGCUUUGAUGUGGACAAUGCAGCGUCGUCUGGGCGGAGUCCCCUGGACCCCAUGGCCAGUCCAGGUUCAGGUCUCAUCCUCCAGGCCAAUUUCGUGCACAGCCAGCGGAGAGAGUCAUUCCUGUACCGCUCAGACAGCGACUACGACCUGUCGCCCAAGUCCAUGUCCAGAAACUCCUCCAUAGCAAGUGACAUACAUGGAGAUGAUAUGAUUGUUACGCCUUUUGCACAGGUUCUGGCUAGUUUAAGAACAGUACGGAAUAAUUUUGCUGCACUUACAAAUGUACCACAAGAAAGACCAUCCAACAAGAGAUCGCCCAUGUGCAACCCACCCCCCAUCACCAAGACAACCUACACAGAGGAGGCCUACCAGAAACUGGCCACCGAAACCCUGGAGGAGCUGGACUGGUGUCUGGACCAACUGGAAACUCUACAGACCCGGCAUUCGGUCAGCGAGAUGGCAUCCAAUAAGUUCAAGAGGAUGUUGAACAGGGAGUUAACCCAUCUGUCGGAGAUGAGUCGGUCAGGAAACCAGGUGUCUGAAUAUAUCUCCAGCACCUUUUUAGACAAGCAACAUGAGGUGGAGAUGCCCACACCUCAGACGCAGAAGGACAAGGAGAAGAAGAAGAGGCCCAUGUCCCAAAUCAGCGGCGUUAAGAAGCUCACACACAGCUCCAGCCUCACAAACUCCAACAUCCCCCGCUUUGGCGUCAAGACCGAGACGGAGGACGCGCUGGCUAAGGAACUUGAAGAUGUAAACAAAUGGGGCCUUAAUGUUUUCAAAGUCACAGAGUUCUCUGGGAACCGGCCUUUAACCGUUAUGAUGUACACGAUAUUCCAGGAGAGAGAUUUGUUGAAAACAUUCAAGAUCCCAUUAGACACCUUUAUAACCUAUCUGAUGACCUUAGAGGAUCAUUACCACGCAGAUGUCGCCUAUCACAACAACAUCCACGCUGCCGAUGUCACUCAGUCCACGCACGUGCUGCUGUCUACCCCUGCUUUAGAGGCUGUUUUUACCGACCUGGAGAUUCUCGCCGCCAUUUUUGCCAGCGCGAUUCACGAUGUCGAUCACCCCGGUGUUUCCAACCAGUUCCUUAUCAACACCAACUCUGAGUUGGCUCUUAUGUAUAAUGACUCGUCUGUCUUGGAGAACCAUCACUUGGCUGUGGGUUUUAAGCUGCUGCAGGAGGAGAACUGUGACAUCUUCCAGAACCUGACCAAAAAACAGAGACAGUCUCUGCGCAAGAUGGUCAUUGACAUAGUCCUGGCUACUGAUAUGUCUAAACACAUGAAUUUAUUAGCUGAUUUGAAAACGAUGGUGGAGACCAAAAAAGUGACCAGCUCAGGUGUUUUACUAUUGGACAACUAUUCAGACAGAAUACAGGUUCUGCAGAACAUGGUCCACUGUGCAGACCUCAGUAAUCCCACUAAGCCUCUGCAGCUGUACCGACAGUGGACGGACCGCAUCAUGGAAGAGUUCUUCAGCCAGGGAGACCGAGAAAGAGAACGGGGAAUGGAGAUCAGUCCCAUGUGUGACAAGCACAAUGCCUCAGUAGAAAAGUCACAGGUGGGCUUUAUUGACUAUAUUGUACACCCACUGUGGGAAACAUGGGCAGACCUGGUCCACCCAGACGCACAGGACAUCCUAGACACACUGGAGGACAACCGUGAAUGGUACCAAAGCACUAUCCCCCAGAGUCCCUCCCCCGCACUGGACGAUCCCGGGGAGGGCAGGCGGACCGGGGGAGCGGAGAAGUUCCAGUUCGAACUCACUCUGGAGGAGGACGGAGAGUUGGACACAGAUAAGGACAGUGGCAGCCAGGCUGAGGAGGAGGAGGAAGAGGAGGAGGAAGAUGAUAAUAGUUGUAGUGACUCUAAAACGCUUUGCACACAGGACUCCGAAUGCACGGAGAUCCCAUUGGACGAACAGGUUGGGGACGGAGAGGAGAACGAGGAGGAUGAUGAGGAUAGAGAAGGAGAGAGGGAGUCCUCAGAACCUUGUGUUUUAGUGGAGGCAGAGGAAGAGGAUGAAGCCGAAGAGGAAGAAGCUGCCAAUACGUAA